UUUUUUUUUUUCUUUUCUUCUAAAAAUAUGAGUACUUUAAUAAUUGACAAGGACUUUAAUGAUGACAUUAUACAUUUGAAUGAAGAACCCUUGUAUGCAUAUAGUUCACCUUUUACUAUAGAUGAGCUUUAUCCUCAACAAAAAAGUUUAUUUAAUGAUAAUACUAAAAAUUUAUUUGAUAAUUCAAGUGAAGAAGAAUUUCAUCCACAAGCACCUCCUCCUUCACCACAAUCAAAACCUAUGCUUGAUAUGAUAUUCACUUCAAAGCUUAAUGAAAAUGAAACAUUAUUUCCUUUUGAACAACAUGCUCAAGCUUUAGAUAAGCUAUUACGUAAAACAUUAAAGAAAAAUAGGAAUGGAAGUAUAAUAAAAUCUUCUAAAAGACAAAGAUCGAGUUGUUUACGUAUACUUCCUGUUAACAAUCAAGAAACGUCACUAUUAUCUCCUUCAUGGAAAACAAGAACAAAAAGUCAAAAAAUGGAUUUUAUUAUAAAGGCUACUGAAAAUACAAAGAAGUUAAAAUCAGUUAUAAUUUUAGAUGAUAAAGAAGAAGAAAAGAUAAUUAAUGAAUUAAAAGAUAUGGGAUUAUAAGUUUUAAUUUAACUAUGCAUGCAUAUAUCGAAUAAGUGACAAAGGAAGAAGAAGAAGAAGAAGAAACAAAAAAAGAAAAAAAGAAAAGAAUACCUUUCUAUAUAAAUACAUACGCAAUCAUACAUAUUAUUUAUACAUA